GCAGCGUGGGAAUCGCGGAACAGCUGACUAACGUAAACAAACUGAAUUCAUUCAGUUUGUUUACUCGCUCGGGGAAGAACCAGUGCUCAGCGUAUGAAUGCAGAAUGCUUUGUAACUUCAGUAGAUUGAAACCGGUGUCAUGCAGGGCUUUGUGGUUUCAGCAAAAAGGACUUGGAAGGUUAAUCUCUAGUCCUACACUGUACAAACACCACCAGCAGAUAUGCUAUAAACAUGAAAUUGCUGGAAAGUUUUUAGUAUCAGACAAUGGGAAGAAUUAUAGAAGAGGAAGAGAACAGCAUGAUUCUAGAUUUAGACACAAUAAUAUGGUGAACCUACUAGCAAGUCUAGUAGGAACGGCCACAGUUAUCAGUAUAGGAACUGCACUUUGUGAGAGUCAAGAGGAAAAGAAAGACAUAUUGCCGAAUGAUGACAAGCACCACCCACAAGGAAAAGAUGUUGUAGCCACAGAACUUCCGGAGAAAAGUGAAGACACGAGCGAAGAGCAGAGGCCGAAGGGAAAUGACGAAGAGCAGAACAUUCAAGCAACUAGUGAUGAAGUGCAAGGUGACAGAAAGAGCAGAAUUGAGGAAGCUGUAAAGCAGUCCCGGAAACUCUUGAAAAGACGCAUGAUUGAGGCAGGAGCACCAGGGCUAACAGUUGCUGUAUCUGUCAACGGGGAAACAUUUUGGGAAGAUGGUCUCGGGUUCGCGGAUUUGGAAAACAACGUCCGCUGUACCCCAAGGACUGUGAUGCGCAUAGCCAGUAUCAGCAAGUCGCUCACAAUGACUGCAGUGGCCAAGCUGUGGGAGGAAGGGAAGCUCGACCUCGAUGCUCCCGUGCAGAAAUACAUACCUGGUUUCCCCAUUAAGAAAUUUGAGGGCGAGGAGGUAACGAUAACAACACGACACCUCCUGAGCCACCAGUCGGGGAUUCGCCACUACGCCCUCAAGGACCCUAACAAGAAGGAGAAGAAGGAAAAGAACGACAGCACAGGGGGCAAGAAGGGGGUGGAGUCGAAGGGUGAGGGGGAGAGUGGGGAAACAAAGAAGAAAGAUGAAGAAGUUGGAGAGAAAAAGGGGAAGACCAAGCAGGCCAAGGACGACAGUGGGGAAAAGGCACUGGCAGAAAAGGCACCAUCAAAAGUGCAAGGGAAGGAAAGCAACGAAAGCAGCGAGAGUUCGCAAUCUGUCGUGGAGACAAAGAAAGCAGAGCUUGAGAAACUCUUGAAAGGCAAAGCAAACAAGAAGAGAAAGAGCAAGAAAAAGGAAGAGGAGGAAAAUGAGUUUGACUUGCAGGAGUAUUACAUUAAGGAGAAAUUUGAGUCCAUUGAGGAGGCGCUCAAACUGUUUCAAGACGAUGAGCUAUUCUUUAAGCCAGGCACUGGUUACCUCUACACGACCCACGGUUGGACGGUUGUUAGUGGCGUGGUCGAAGGCGCAGCAGGCAAGCCAUUCACCAAAGUCAUCGCACAGUUGUUUCACGAACUGGGAUUAGAGAACACCUACCUGGAUGUCUAUACUCCUAUCAUCUACAAUAGAUCCAAAUUCUACACACGGGAUAAGCACGGAAGGCUGCAAAACGCUCCUUACGUUGACAACUCGUACAAGUGGGCUGGGGGCGGCUUUCUCUCCACUGUACAAGACCUCAACAAAUUCGGGAAUGCAAUGCUGUAUUCAAGUCAACACCAGAGUGAGGAAGGACUGCCUGGUUACCUAAAGUGGAAAACAAUGAAGGAACUCUGGACCCCAGUAUCAGGCCCUAAUCCUUCCAGUGGGUAUGGGCUCGGCUGGGGUGCUGUCGAGGACAGUAUCAAGUGUGCGUUUUGCCAUGAGAGCAGGCAGUGUGCAUCUCACUCUGGGGGCGCUAUAGGUGCUAGCAGUAUCCUUCUCAUACUGCCUCAAUCUGGGGUGCUGAAGGAGGACGGAGAGGGGAAACUCCCUAAGGGUGUCGUGGUGUCGGUGAUAUGCAACAUGCAGAGUGUUGCCCUCAGGAAAGUGGCGUUGGAGAUUGCCAAGAUUUUUGAGAAAGUUUGAUGUGUGCUGGUGUCUAUUUAUACCCUUUUUCUUUCUUUUUAUUUUUUGUAAUGUUUUUAUGAUAAUAUAUUUUGUAUGUUGCUCUUCCCUUUUAAUGAUUUAGGCCUUAGAUUGAUGUAGGGGAUAGGAGUUUAUUUUGUUUUAAGCUUAUAUAUUCUGAUGUAUACACACAAAAAUAUAUAUCUUUUCUAACAACAAAAUCCAGGGUGAACUAAGGAAUACGAGAACAGGUUGUAGUUACUUAUAUUUAUGAAAGGAAUAGAAGUAAAAAAGAGAAAAAAAAUCAUUUCCACUGUGAAAGGAACAGCGAAUGAUAAAAGCAGUAAUAAUUCUUUGCGAAAUGAAAUUACUUCCAGCUGUAAACAUCGGUCUUCUUGUCUACUUAUCUUUCCCAUUCUUGCUGAUUCGCUUUCUCUCUUUCUCUCUCUCUCUCUCUCUCUCUCUCUCUCUCUCUCUCUCUCUCUCUCUCUCUCUCUCUCUCUCUCUCU